AUGGCAUCAAUUGCAAGACCAGCAAUGCUUCAGAAGACUUGUCUCUCUGCUGCCACCAAGCGAGCCUUUUCGACGAAGCUCUCUACCAGCUUCCCCGCCAUCAACAAGCCAUCAUCGACUAUUUCGAGGAAGAUUGUACGGAAUGCCUUUGUCAAAGAUGUACCGGGUGCUAUGAAAGUGGCAGCUUUCCACGCAAGCGGCAGAAACUCAAUUCUCCCUCCCCUGCCCCAGGUCAUCCAAGGAACUGCAAAUGAUCCCGCUCCAGUACCACCUGCGAACCCAGCACACGGUUCUUACCACUGGACUUUUGAGCGUUCUAUGGCCGUCGCCCUCGUUCCCCUUACUAUCGCUCCAUUUGCCUCUGGGUCAUUGAACCCUACUAUGGACGCCGUCCUGAUUGCAACCAUCCUCCUCCAUUCGCACAUCGGUUUCGAGUCCUGCAUCAUUGACUAUAUCCCUACACAUCGAUUGCCCAAGACGAGAAAGGCAGCUUGGUGGGCCUUGAGAGCUGGUACGGUUCUGGCUGCUGUUGGAUUUUACGAGUUCGAGACCAAUGAUGUUGGCAUUACGGAGGGUUUGAAGAGGGUUUGGGCAGCAUAA